AUGGAAACCCUACCUUAUGAGAUUCGUGAGGCGACGGAAGUACUGGACAAGGGUCUUCGUGCCAGAGCUCGGGAGGCCGAGCAGCAGAGCAGGACGCAGAGAUGCGGGACACGGCUUCCCAGCGCGGAGGAGGCCCGAAGCGAAGGCCCGGACGAUGCCUACCGGAUCCAGGAGAUUGCGGAGAAGCAGGCGAUGGAGAUGAUCCAAUGGUACUAUGAUAAGCUCAAGGAGAAGGAACCGGAUUCUUAUCAAGACUCGUCUGAUUAUGAAGUCUCGUCAUCGUCUGAUGACGAAGACUCGUGUGAGUCUGAUGAAGAUAGGUGUCGCCGUGACUGGAACCGUCUAUACGCCGGCGUGUUCGGCUCCUUCGAUGAUAUCACGUCUAUCCCAGCCAUGCGUUACACGGACAAACCUGCGCCUCCCAACUCCGCCUGGGAGGAUGACACUCUACAUAUCUUUUCAAUUGAAGUCAUGGGAAGAGAGCAGCAAAAAUUAGAGCGGCCGCUGGAUGUGUUUGGUAUGGUUGCUGCACGCGACUCGCUGGACCACAAUCGCAACAUUAUCUUCAGUAGUGAACGGGACAAUCCUCAGACCAUCAGUGAGGAGAGUCCCUAUCUAGAACUCACAGGCCCUACACGUGCUGUUGUGGUGUCGGAUCGUGCGGACUUUGAGGUUAAGCUGAAAGUGAAGGGCGCUAGUGAAUCCGAGGAUGAAUAUUUAAGCUGUGUUUCUAUUCCCUACAAGAUCUAUUCCAGACCCACUCGUUCACGCUUGGGUAAUAAGCUUGAGACUAGCAAGCUCACCACACUCAAGUUCACAUUUGGCUUCAUUGUCAACUCUGUGGAGGCCACGAUCAGCGUGAGGGUUAUCAGUGGAUCAUGGCCACAGAGUUCUCGAAGUUUAUUUACUGCCAGCACCGCCAGCAUAGAUCACAUGGAAGUCGCGUUGCUCGAUUUCGGAGGCGACGGACUGCCUGUUGCCGCUGAUGGCAAGGUUCAGCUUUCACGCCGUGUUGCUUCCGUCGAGCUUGCUGGUGAGCUGAGAGUCUCCGCCGAGGCACAGUGUGAAGAUGAGACUUUGACUGAUGUCAAAGCUUUUACACCAAGGAAGGCCAGUAGAAGCCAUGGUAUCCUCAACGUUGGCUCCUGUAAGAUGAAAGUCACGGUUGCCUGGUCUCUUUUCGACUGCGGCCCAUUUGGGUGA